CAAAUUUUGUCGUAUGCGCUAAUUUGGAUUUAAAAACAAAACUUAAAUGUAAUUAAAUAUUUUUUGAUUUUCAAAAUAUUUGUAAAAAAUCCAUUAAAUAAUCCGUUGAUUCAAAAUUUAAAUUUGAAUUUCGCUCACACCGUGUCUAUAUCUUCAAAGGGAUCCUUAUAAUUACCAAAAUGACGGACUACUGGAAAUCACAAGACCGUAAAUACUGCGAUUAUUGCAAUUGCUGGAUAGCAGAUAAUAAAGCUAGUGUAUCAUUUCAUGAGGGUGGUAAACGGCACAAGGCAAAUGUUGCCAAAAAACUUCAAGAUAUUGGCAAAAAGAGUCAAAAAGAUGAGAAAGCCCGACAAAAAGUCGAUUUACAAAUGCGUCAAAUGGAAGAAGCCGCCUUAAAAGCCUACGCACAAGACAUAAGUCGUGGUGCCGAUAUAACAACGCAAGAACUAAAUGCUGUUGCUGCGGCCGCUGCAGCAGACUAUGAAGAUGAGGCGGCAAUGACAACAAAACGACUAGCACCCGGACCAUCAGCAAUACCAACACGUGCCAUAGAUCCAUUGAGAUUACCAAUUGAUGUCCUUGAAGAUGAAGAACGGGCAAAACGUGCCAAAAUGAAACGCAAGGCUAAUGGAACACUGGGCAGCGAAGCAAAAGACCAAUCAAUGUGGGUCGAAGCCAAAAGCGACGAAGGACAUACUUACUAUUGGAAUGUCAAAAGUGGAGAAAGCAUUUGGGAGGCGCCAAAAGAAGGUUACAUGACUAUCGAGGAAUAUAAUCGACUAAGUCUUGUGCAUGACGCAAGAGCUCAACAACAAUUGAACGAAGAAUCAAAGUACAUGCGUGAGAAUGCUGACGAACUCGUUUCGAAAUAUCGACGGCAACAGUUAACAAUUUUUCGUGAGAAAGAUCGUCAAGAAGAGGCCAAAGAGAAAGACGAAGAACGAGAAAGUUACACUGCAUGCUCCGAAAUUGAAGAUGCUGAAACCGAAGCUCCAGCAUUGGGCAAAUGGCAAACUGUUGUUAGGAAGGUAGAAAAAGUCAUUGACUUACAGUUACCGACAACAACAAACAAAGACUAUGGAUACAUUGCACCUGUUGCUACAUCAACAACGACCACAACAAUCGAACUAGAACCACCACAGCGGGUAUUCAAAGAAAAAACAAUCCAAAGUCUUGCAGACGCAGAUUGUAAUGUUUCAGAUACAUUUAAAAAGCGAAAAUUUGGUGGAAACAAAAGGAAUGUACGGCAACGAUUAAAUGAUGACGAUUAAUUAUCGAAUGGAGAUCAAUUGUACAAUAAUGGCAUGAGCAAACAAAUACAUUUUGAAAAAUCAGAAACCUUUAAAUAAAAGCAGCAUUUUUAAAAUUUGAAAAAAA